AGAUAUCCUUGCAGACGUGGCCGCGUGGGUGUAAGACCUCUGCAAUCUGCAUCCUACUGAAUCCCUCUGCAGAUCCUUAUCUGUCUCAGGCUGGCUAAGAGAUGCCCAGUUGCAAUUUUUCCUCCCGAGCCUUUCGCUGUCAACCAUACAACAAAACCAGCACCAGUCCAUGUACUAGUAGUAUCUCACCGUUCUCACGAUCGCCAACACAUCAAGAAGAUCCAAGCUAGGGUGAGAGCCCAAAAACCUGCCAGCAAUGCCAAAGGUUCUCUUAGCAGCGAACGCGGAGCAUGGACAGGCCAAUGUGUUCCUGGCCACCGGCCAUACCCUCCAGGCACUCGAUGCCACCGUGGACGUCCAUUUCGCCUCGUUUGCUCCCAUCUCACAAGCAGUAUCAGCAGCCUCUCAGUACUCUGCGCAGUGUUCCCAAGGUGCCCGGCCCUGGACUUUCCACGAGCUAGACGGCCUGUGCCUUUUUGAUAGGGUCCUCAAGGAGUUACAGGCAAAUGGACUUGGGGAUGCCCUGACCAAGCCUCUGAGUUUCUUCCAGAUAAUCAGCACGUUGAAAACGAGUCCUCACUUCUUGAUGCCCUGGAACGGGCCUGAGUGGAUUCGGAUUUAUAAGUCCUUCAUUCGCGUCGUCGAGCAAAUCAAGCCGGACGUCAUCGUCGUCGACGCCCUCUUCAGUCCUGCCGUGUCGGCUUGUCAUCAUCUCAAGCUGAAAUACAUCCUUUUGUCGCCUAAUACCAUCAAGGAGUUUGCUGGCCGAUUCCAACCACGACUUGCUGCGAUCUGGAAAUACCCGAUAACGGGCUCAGCGCAUCCUUUCCCCCUUCCCAAGAGAAAGGUGCCGGUCAACAUCUUCUUUGUUUUCCUCCAGGUUUGGUUUGUCAUGACAAACCGCCAUAUCCGCACCGUAACCGCUCAUGUAAAACGGGAGCUCGGUGCCGACGUUAUCACGUUUGUCUCUAUCGCAUCAAAGCCUCCUGCCGGCAAAAAGAUUCUCGUGGGAAACCGCCCGGAGAUUGACUUUCCCCUGGUCGUCCCCCCGCAUCUCACCACAUGUGGGCCUAUAAUCAGGCCAGCCGCUCCCGUUUCCGAGGUCGAUCCCGAGCUGGAUGCAUGGCUGAAGCGUGGGCCAACCAUCUUCGUCAACCUGGGAACGCUCAAGCAGAUGGACGAGGGAGAAGCACUGGAAAUCGGUCAGACGCUGCAACAUAUUCUCCGACUUGCCGACGCCUGGACGGAAAAGCGCCGGAAUGGGGAAGAUCGUGCCGACAUUGCUGGGGUACCCGGAGAGUUACAGGUCAUCUGGAAGCUUAAGAAGCGAGAGGAUCUCAACUAUGAGACCGGGCCAGGCUCCAGAUUAUACGAGGGCUUGAAGCAGUGGAUAGAAACGGACCGUGUCAGAAUUCUUAACUGGAUCAAACCGGAGCCUUCUGCUGUGCUGCGGACCGGUACCAUUGUCGUCUCGGUUAACCACGGAGGCGCCAACUCGUACAACGACGCCGUGACCGCGGGCAUCCCCCAGGUUUUGCUGCCCUGUUGGCUGGACUGCUACGACUUUGGGAGCAGAGUCGAGUAUCUUGGGAUCGGAUACUGGGCGAACAAGAAAUCCAAACCCAGGUGCUCAGCGAAGGAGCUCCAGCCCUGUCUCGAGGAUGUCGUGUUUGGGGACAAGGGAGAGCAGAUGAGGAAACGGGCACGCGAACUUGCGGCAAUCUGUGCCGAGCGCCCAGGUGCUACGGUGGCUGCGUCCGCAAUCCUGGAAGAGGUUGAGGGCCGUGAAAAGGAGGUGAAAUGAUUUGGCUCGAGGUGGAUACGCCGGGAGUGUCACUGCUCAAGCUUGAGGGGGCAGUGGUACUGUACCCCUAGCCCCUGAGGUGAGCUGCACUGCAACUCUCAGCUUAUUCUUACCCUACUGUAUCACCUCUCAAUGUAGUAUGAUGUAGAUAGAACGAUGAGAUACACAGACAUGCCUCGCCACUCAGAAGGUAGGUAGGCUGUCGUAAAUAAAGGUACUUAAUAGAAGUUAGAAUCCGAACUGCCCUACCAC